CAAACAGCUGAUGUUAGUUGCGUGUUUUAGACUUGCGGCAGUGUGGUCGUUUUUAAUCAACAAAAAAUAAACAAAUUUACGCCAAGGUACCUCUGAGGAGCCUCCAAGAUUUUUUUUCUCUAAAAUAAAGCUCAAGAAGUGGUUGCAUGUAUGAAUAACAUGACAGGAGAUCCUAACCAAGAAAAUCGUCCUUCAGUGUUUGGCUUUGAGCCGUAUCCUUCUCUGAAUGUUCAACCAAUAGAUUGGAGUCGCAUUCCAUUUGAAACAGCACCAGCUCCUUCUGUAGGAUCCCAUGGAGAGUUUAGCCCGUCUAUAAAUUAUCAACAGUCUCCAAUAGGUUUAGGAAAUUUCUCUUUUUGUACAACGCAAACACCGCAUCCAGCUCAGUUUCCGUUUCCACAUAGCCCACGACCUACACCCAGUACUUCGCUUCUACAAAAUCAUGUGUUUGGUGGCAGUUCUUCAUCAACAUUACGUUGUAAACGAAAGACCGAUUCUCCAACGUUACAGGCUUACAAGCAACACAUCACGGAAGAAAAAAUGGCAGAGCACAUGUCACGGCUUCACAUAAGUUCUGAAACUGCAACUUCCUCAAAAGAAUCAGAGAGCGAGAGAACAAGGCGACUCUACAUGUGUGAAGAAAUGAGGAAGCUGCAAAGUGACACUAUUUUGCCUCAGUCUUUGUUAUCAAAAAUUCAGCGCCCGUGUACCGCUUUAGUGUUGUGGACGCCACCGCGGCGUCUUAUACCUUUAGAAAAUCUAGAAACAGAAAAUCGAAAUAACAAUGAAGAGGAAAUUCCUGAUCAUAAUAGAAUGGCUAGUGAAGUUGUGAUGGAGAGUGAUAUAAACAAUAUGGAUUUGGAUAACGCGUAAAUUGGGAUCUCUUCCAAUGAAUUUUUAUGAAGACUGACACUUGUAAGGGUGAUUUUUUAACUGAGGAAAUUUUAAAUGUGUUCCUAGCCUUAUUUUUAUUAACAGUUUUCUUAUAUGAGGUUACUAAGAGAUACUGGGAGGUUUUAAAAGUGUUGUAAGACCAAUUCAACAUUAGGAAUGGCAUAUAUAUUUUAAAGUUCGUGAAUCUGUUAAAAAAGUUUUGACGCAAAGUGCAUGGGAGGAGAAGUAUAUUAUAGGUGUAAGUUUGUCAUGGAAAAUAAAUGCAUUUCUCAUUGUAACGAGGCAUUGCUCAUGUCCCUUUAAUUUUUGUUAAUUACUUUUAUGCUUUCUUGGAUUUCACUUAACAUUACGUUUUGUGCCUAAUUUUAGAUGUAAGUUUUUUAUUCUCUGCUGCGUAAUUUAGUUUUAUAACGUUCAUUUAGGUGUUUUAAUUAGUGUGUGUAACACCUCUGUCUCUAUAUCAAGUGUAACUGGAGUGGGACGACUUCACAGUUGUUCAAAUAAAGUUUCAAAAAUGA